AUGAUUAGUUUAAAUAACGAUAUGUUUUAUCACAUCAAUACAACUGAUCCCACAAAUGGACAGAUUGUCAGACAAUUGUGGAAAAUAAAUGAGACUAUUAUUAGAGACCCAAACGAACCAUACGUUAUGCCGAACUACAAAACUGCCCACAAGUCUUCAAAUAUACUCCACUAUAUGGCAACCAACAUGUAUUGGGAAAUCGAUUCACAAAUAGCGGCCGUUUUGCUGGACAUCGACAACACAUACGAGUCGUGUUUUGCCGGCAAUAUUACGGAUAAACCGUUUUGCGAUCAAAUAACUGACACAAGAAACGACCCCUUUCUGGAGUUUGUAUGCAUUUAUUCAACAUUCACACAAUUUCCCGGCAUUAACACUACACAACCCGUUUAUGGCCUAAAAAUCAUUCAAUACGAUUGGAUGACAAAUGAAAUCUUUUACAACACAAGUCUAGAGUUCCCACAACUGAUGCAAAUGUGUAGUAAUGCAUAUUAUGGGCCGCUAAAAGAGGCGCAAAAUUCUGGAAAUUUGCCCACAAAUGCGAUUUUACUACCAAUUAGUGGUUAUCUUCGUAUGAAAUACAAUGCAUUCGUGAAGAAUAUUAACGUAAAUGAAAGUGGAGUCGACGUCAUAGAAGUGGAGUACGAGAGGACUGUAAUUAUAUUUGAGAAGUCGGUGACCGAAAACGUAAUCGUCUCGUCCGACACGUCAAACACGUCACACAUUUUCACCGAUUUGAAGACAAUUCACCACAUCAUCCGUUUGCAAGAAGUCAAUCGUUUGAUCGCAAUCCCAAUGAAAGCCGGUAUUAAUACGAGUGUAUCGGAAGGUUUUUACGAAAAGAAGCCCUCCAAAUAUGCCUUUCGCGCAUCCAAAUUACAACUCAAACAUGUUUUCCGAUGUCUUGAAGAAGCCUUACCUUUCGAUCCACACGUGUUUUGUUCGGCGAAACAAAAUCUCGGAUUUGACUCUUAUUUCCAAAAAGAUGGAAACUUUUGGCGAAUGAAUUCAAUGGGAUUCACACGACAAUCAAAUCCCAAUUUAACAGACGAUUCACUGAUAAAUUUGAGUUUUGAAUCUCAUUUCACGGAUUUGUUAGAAAGGGAUGGCUUUGACACAUAUCAACCCAUUCAUGGCUUUACAUACAAACCACUCUAUAGUCACGAGUGCUCGUCAUUUGACACAACUUGUAAUUCAUUUAUCCAGGGCUCACCAUUUCAUUAUCGUCUCUGCAUUUAUGGGUUUAAACAGUCACGAAAUGAAUUCGGAGUUCACCCACACAUUAAGUCCUAUCGAUACUCAGCAACUGAUAUUCAUCCCAAACAAGAGGACGAUAUGUGUUCGGCAGUGUUUAAGCUCACUGUCGACAAAGACUAUACCGUUGUGUCCGCGGUGUCCAACCCGUCCUCCGCAGUGAAUGAUGUCUCUUCAGAGAAAUUAAAAAACCUGUUCCCGUGUCCGCACAAACAUACAUAUCCUGUGGUCAGUAAUCGAAGAAAAGACACGAGAGAACGUGUCGUCGGAUAUACAGUGGACUACGAUUUUGCCACAAAAGGAGAAACGGAUCGGAAACACAUGAAGUGGUAUUUCACGGCAAAUAGCUCUAUUGCCAUUACAUUGGGUUCGGUGUCAACGAUAAUACUUAGCAAUCAGUCGAUCACAGUUAUCGGCGCUUCCUAUUGGAAGUCUCAGUCAUACAUGUAUUGGCUCACAAACUCAGUAGACAUUCAGGCCUUCUAUUAUGUCUCAGACACCAAAUGGAGAUUUUUGUUUCCUUUUGAGCAUAACUUCGAUAUUAAGUAUUGGAACGAAAGGACAGCACUGAGAGGCAAUUAUAUCUCAAUGUUAUGCCACACAUCGUCCGCAAGCAUUGAAUCCCAGGGACCUACAAUUUAUACCUUUAUAUUUAUAAUUCUGGCACUUAUUCUCAUUAUUGUCUCUAUAAUCGUCGCAUAUCUGGCCUACCGUUUCGAUCAACAAACAAAACAAACCGAUAAUACGGACAAAACCAAAGCCAAAUAA